AUUACGCUCUACUUUAAAGUCAAUUUUUGCGAAUUUAAUUGACUUUUCUCCAGAUUUUUUCAACAAAAAUCCCUUUAAAUGAUCUGUUGCACGUAAAAACUACAAAAAUUCACACAAAAAUUUCGGAAAAUCCGUCAAAUAUCUUUUUCUCGGGGAGAAUGAACAAAAUUAACAACAGUUAUGAGUCCAGUGAUAGUUGUUUGUCAUCCGGAUCCGACACGACAGCUCCUCGUGAAUUGAACAAAACUUUGGAGAAAUUAAACUCCGGCAAGGCAACUGUCAAUGAAUUGCUGAUACCCGCGACAAUGGAUGAAAAUUUACCUCUUGACGACGAAAAUGAGGAAAUUGUUCGAAGCAGCGCGAGUCCCGAAGACGACGGAAGUCACGUUUCGCCCUUUAAAUCGCUCAAAAUUCAUCCGGAAAUGGCAAGUCCCGAAAUCGAAAAUCAAGAUGUCAAAAUUCGGGAAUAUCUGAACGCGCGUACAAGUGCAAUCAAGUGCGACGUUGUCAAUGAAGAGACCAUCGCUGAACCAACUGUCGUGCCAAGCUUCAGCGGAAACACAUCCGAACUGAGUUUUCAAGGAAAAAUCGCGGAUUUGUCAAUUUUUGGACCAAAAUCUCCCGAAGACCUGUUCGAUGACUUUGACGAUGAGGAUUUCGGCGCCGAAUGUGAGAAAUCUGACACUUCUGCAAACACGAGUGGCUUAACGACAACAUCUGGCACCGAAAAUGACGACGAUCCAUUCCGAAAAAUACUCACGAACGAGUCAAGACUGCUGAAACGCAUGCAACGCUCGUUGCAAGGCGUUCUACCGCCGCCCUCCGUAACAACUUCGUCCAAAAUUACGAUCUCAGAGCUGCUCGAAAGGUAUCACGCCAACUCAAAAUUGACGGAAUGCGAAAAAAUCGAUCACGAAACGAGUCUUUUUCAACCAAAUUGCGAUUUUGAUGAAAUUUCGAAAGCUGAAUGGCCCGAAUCCCGUAAAAUUCGCAGUUUAGGAGUUUGUUACAAUUUGUCCCGGAACACGGAAAAAAUUGAAAUGAUUGCGUUGGAUCUCGUUUCGCGUUAUGUGGGUUGCGAGACAAUUUCCAGCUACACGACGACCGUAAAAUCGCCUCAAAGUACGAAAAAACGCGCGAUGCGAUCGAAAGCUGUGAUGCAAUCGCCCGGAAGACGUUUGAGCCAUCUCGCGAGACGUCGAGCAAUUUUCUCGUCGGCAAAUUUGAAGCAAGGUGUGGGAGUUGCUACAGCUGCAAAUCGACAAAUUGUACUGAAUCCCAAGGGAAGAGAUCAAAAAAAGUUAUUUUUGGGCGGAAUAAAGGUUGGAAGGACUCCAAAUAAGCGAAAAAAUGGCACGCCAAGUAAACGAAAGACUCCGCGUUCGAGCAAGAAGAAGCGCGAAGUGAUUGUGAUCAAAAGUACUAUCACGCGGGAACAAUCCAAGCGUGCUUUGUUUCAAAGUCCCGCUCUAACGACCACAGAACCGCCCAAACCGACAGUUUCUGAAGAUGUCGCCAAACGAGUUGAAAAGUCAAAACGCGCGCUUUUCUCUCCGGCGAAGAAAUUGGAUCGAAGUGCCUCAUUUAACGGGAAUUCCUUACGUUUGGCGGCUCUUUCGAGCGAUUCAGGACGUUACAAGUCAAUGAACAACUUGGAUCAGGUGCUCGGAGGCAAGCGAAAACGUGUCGAUGAUGAAAAUUCGACAGAAAAUUGGUCAAAAAUCCCUCGACUCUUGAAUUCGUCGAAUGCCGAGAACGAAUGUCCUUCAAGUUCUUCCUCGCGAAUCGUUAAAAGUCAAAGUUUUCAUGUCGCAAGUCAACUAUCGCACUCCCGCUCCUCACUUUAUCGCUCCCAAACGGACAUCAGCGACACGAAAAAGCUCUCGGAGCAUCACAAACAGAAACUUCUAUGGGCCGUCGCUACAGCGCUCAAAAACAAAAGCAUCAUCAGCUCGCAUCCGGACUACAAGAAACACGCGUCGAACCUCACGCGCAUCGUAAAAACCCUUUUCCUGCAACUCAGCGACGCCGAUCCUCAAAUCGCGAGUAUUUCCAGCACGAGCGAGAAACUCAAACGCAUCGCCAACAAUCACGUCUUUUCCGUCAUCAAGGGCAUCUCGUACGACAUCAUUAUCGCAAAGGAACGCGAACGCAUCGAAAAUUUGCGGCAAUUCAAAAAACUCGAAGGAUAUGUGGCGCCUGACGAGUACAAAGCGGCGCAAAAUUUCAAUCGACGACAUUCGACGCAAAUUGAUUCCGUUGAAUCGUCGAUUUUUAGUCAGUCUUUUAGUCAAAUUAGCACGACGACGGGAAAUCUGAGUCAAAUGUCGAGUUUGAGUCAAAUUCAGGCGGAAUUGGCGGAAAAUGUUGGAAAGACGAGUUCCUCGAAGAAAAAUGGCGACAAUUUUGCACUGAAGGAGAAUCAAAGGUCGACGCAAAAGAGUCAAACGAAGCAAAAAAUUCAAGCUGCUGGCACAGGAAAUGUACUCAAAGCAAAGCGACAAAUUUCAUUCGAUAAUUGAGGAUUGUAGAUAGGAUUUUUUUUUAUUUUUGCAAAAAAAAAAACUGAAAUAGCGGGUGAUUUCUUUUAGUUCUUAAUUUAACAAAUUUUUAAUUUUAUUUUUUUUUCUUCUUGAAAGAUGUCUCUAAAAAAAUUUAGUCACUUUUCAUAAUUUUUAGUAAAUUUGAAAUUAUAUUAAAAAAAUAUUAAUAACAAAAAAAAUGUAAAAUAUUUCUUGAAAUUAUAAAUAAAUAAUGUGUGA